AUGCCACUGACCGAACUAGUUUCCUCCGUCGUCCAACUCACACGGAAAUGCGUUUCAACUACCGCACUAAAACGGGCGCGUCAGCUCCACGCUCUCAUCCUCACCGCCGGCGCAGCUUACGAAUCUCCGUAUACAAGCAACAACCUCAUCUCUAUGUACGUGAGAUGCGGCUCUCUAGAACAAGCGCGGAAAGUGUUCGACACAAUGCCUCAGAGAAACGUGGUUUCUUACAAUGCGCUCUACUCAGCGUAUUCCCGGAACCAAAGCUACGCAAGUUACGCAUUUGGUCUCAUAACCCAUAUGGAAUCUGAGUCUUUGAAGCCCAACAGCUCAACUUUCACUAGCUUAGUGCAGGUUUGCGCUUUACUUGAGGAUGUCUUGAUGGGGUCAUCGUUACAUUCGCAGAUUAUAAAGCUUGGUUUUUUAGACAAUUUAGUUGUCCAGACAUCAGUUUUGGGGAUGUACUCCAGCUGUGGGGAGUUAGAAUAUGCGAGGAGAAUGUUUGAGUGUGUAAAGGAUGGAGAUGCGGUGACUUGGAACACGAUGAUAUCUGGGAGCUUGAGAAAUGAUAAGAUAGAAGAAGGGCUUGUGUUCUUUAGAAGCAUGUUGAUGUCUGGUGUUGUUCCAACGCAGUUCACGUAUUCAAUGGUUCUGAACGCUUGUAGUAAGUUGGGAAGCUAUUCACUGGGUAAACUAACCCAUGCCUGGAUAAUAGUCUCGGAUUGUUUAACUGAUUCCCCAGUAGAAAAUGCACUUCUUGACAUGUAUUGUAGUUGUGGGGACAUGAAAGAAGCACUCUUUGUGUUUAAGAGGAUUCGUAACCCAAAUUUGGUUGCAUGGAACUCGAUUAUCUCGGGUUGCGCAGAGAAUGGAUUCGGAGAGGAAGCGAUUCUUAUGUAUGGAAUGUUACAGAGGAGGUCCACACUAAGGCCAGAUGAAUAUACUUUCUCUGCUGUUAUAUGUGCGACAGGGGAGCCAGAAAGAUUCAUUCAUGGAAAGCUUCUCCAUGGACAGGUAAUGAAACUAGGAUAUGAAAGGAGUGUUUUUGUUGGAACAACACUCUUGUCCGUGUACUUCAAGAACGAGGAACCCGAGUCUGCUCAGAAGGUGUUUGGUGUGAUUACAGAGAGGGAUCUUGUUCUGUGGACUGAGAUGAUAGUAGGGCAUACAAGACUAGGAAACAGCGAGUGUGCUGUCCAAUUCUUUGUUGAAAUGUACAGAGAAAACAAUAGAACUGAUGGUUUUUCCCUGAGCAGUGUCUUAGGAGCAUGUUCAGACAUGGCAUUGCUAAGACAAGGUGAAGCGUUUCAUUCUCUUGCCGUAAAGACAGGAUUCGAUAGUGUUAUGUCCGUAUGUGGAGCCCUAGUAGACAUGUAUGGGAAAACCGGGAAAUGUGAUGUUGCAGAAUCAGUAUUCUCUCUUGUUUCAAAUCCAGAUUUGAAAUGUUGGAACUCAAUGCUAGGAGCUUAUUGUCAGCAUGGAAUGUUAGAAAAGUCUCUGAGUUUCGUUGAACAGAUCCUACAAAACGGUGUCACGCCUGAUGCAGUAACGUACUUAUCUUUACUCGCAGCCUGCAGCCACAGCGGAUCAACUCAGCAAGGUAAGUUCCUGUGGAACCAAAUGAAAGAAAGAGGCAUCAGAGCAGGGUUCAAGCACUAUUCUUGCAUGGUGAAUUUGGUAUCAAAAGCUGGGUUAGUAGACGAGGCACUGGAACUGAUACAAGAAUCUCUUCCUGGAAACAACCAAACAGAGCUCUGGAGAACUCUGCUAAGCGCAUGUGUCAACACAAAACACUUGCAGAUGGGACUAUACGCGGCUGAGCAGAUCCUGAGGCUUGAUCCAGAAGACACUGCAACAUACAUACUACUGUCGAAUCUUUAUGCGGUGAAAGGGAGAUGGGAGGAUGUUGCAGAGAUGAGAAGGAAGAUUAGAGGAUUAGCUUCUGCCAAAGAUCCAGGAUUGAGCUGGAUUGAAGUGAACAACAACAAUACGCAAGUUUUCUCCUCUGGGGAUCAGUCUAACCCAGAAGUAAUUCAAGUGCAACAUGAAUUACAUAGGUUAAAGACUGAUAUGUUGUGUAGAUCAUCAUCAUCAGCAAUUGAACAAUUCCUUACAAGACCUGACUGUUUAGAUUACGAGCUGCUCUAAACAAGUAUCCUCAUUUCAACACUAAAUCACUUGUUCAAGAACUGUAAUAACAGAGUCCAAUUUAAC